AUGCCCACUCUGUCGAAAUCCCUUCGUGGCCAACCAAAGGCCGCCAUACUGGCGAAGCGCGACAAGUUCGUGGAUGAUCUGGAUGAUAUCUAUAACAAACUUCUGGAUACACCUGAUGAGUAUAUUGAUCCGGAGUCGUAUGAGAACUUCAAGAUUUCCUGUAAUCAUCUGUACCUCUACCGCGGUGAUGAUGGUCGUGAGCAGGCAAAUUUCGAAAGAUACUUUUCUCCCAUGUCCGUCAACGAGCUUCAGUCUUAUCCCAUCAACGAGGACGACAAAGACACGAUGGAAGACUUGCAACUUGAGCAGACGCUCUGGAAGGAGCACAGAAGUCUCGAUGACAGACGCCUGGAUGACGCUCGGAAAUUGUGCCGCAUAGUUUGCAGGCGCUUUCGUUUUUCUCGAAAAUUCAAUGACAACGAGACAUGCCUGCUUUGGAUGCGUACUGGUUGGAUACCAAGUGAUUUCUCGAAAUGUAUUUUGCAUGAAAUUUUCGAAGACGAACUUUUCCACUCGCUUAAAUGGCAUCCUAAUGAUGCCUGGCGGGCUCGCUUUGCGCUUUCCAAGCCCCAUGUGAUGUUCACUUUGAUACAUGAGUAUCCUAGCGAUGACAACAAACUCCUGCGUGGAGAGGUGCUUGCUAUCCUAGCAACGAUCCUUACAAGGCUCACCAGCAAUGAAUAUCAGGACCAUACCGUCAUUCCGGUCCAAGUUCUGUCGUUCAUGGGAGAUAAACAAGCCCAGCUGCUCCAGGCAUACUUUGGCGACAAAGGCCUUAUUAUUUACAAAAGCCAUCUCCUCUCUUUCCAGGAUCCGGAGGCUGCUGAGAAGUCAAUGGAGUUUCUGCUGCAAUUCAUGGCGGGUAAACUGGUGGGAAGCACAGCCGUCACUAACUUUUACUUCUAA